AAAAGGCAGGUUUACCAAGGAAUUAAUAGCAGUAUUAGCCAGCUGAUAUGGGCAAACGUGGAAAGAAGCAACAGGUUAAGGAGGUUGUGGCAGAUACCGCCGAUUCUCCUCCACAACCACUUAAGGCCCAGCGUAGUCCCCAGGAUGAGGACACCAGCGCUGAGGUGUUCUUGUGGCUGCUUGCCUACAGUGUUCUAAUGUUCACAUUGCCCUUUUUGGGCUUUUAUGGCGUGCGCAGCUGGCUGCUGGAAUCUUUUCCAGAUCUGGACAUGUUUUCGGUCAACUGCUGGUCUGUUUUGACGGCCGUUGUCAUUGUCAACUUGGUUGUAGCAAUGUAUGUCCUAAAAGCCUUCCGCGAGAAGGCCCCACCACCUUUGGAGCCAGUGGAAGAGGACGAAGACGAGCUGGAAUCAUUAGAGCCCAAGAAGUAUCAAUAAUUUAAUCAUUUUUUACUCUGCGAAGUGACUUAAUCUUCAACUACACGAAGGAGUAGCAGACUGUUAAUCCGUAAAAAGACAAAAAGAGUCAUAAAGCUAAUUAAAUAAAUCAUUCUUGACACACUUCUAAAUGCAUCUUUUAUUUGUUUUUUCAAUCUCUGAACAGAACCCAAUCCCCGCUAUGUCCGCAUCAACACGAACCUAUUUAGUCUCUCGGAGGCUUUGGAGUACCUUGCCAGCGAGG